GCCGCCGCCACCGCCGCCCGCAGGUCUCUUGCGUCCUGGCUGUGGCAAGAUGACGCUCAAGGCGAGCGAGGGCGAGGGCCCGGGCGGCAUGCGCACGGCGCUCUCCGACCUCUACCUGGAGCAUUUGCUGCAGAAGCGCAGCCGGCCCGAGGCUGUGUCACAGCACUUGAAUGCUGUGACUGAGGACAUGUACACCAACGGGUCUGCUGCCACAGGUAGCCCUGCCAAAGGGCAGGAGGUGCGAAAAGUGCGACUCAUACAGUUUGAGAAGAUCACAGAGGAGCCCAUGGGAAUCACUCUGAAGCUGAAUGAAAAGCAGUGCUGUACGGUGGCCAGAAUUCUUCAUGGAGGCAUGAUUCAUAGACAAGGCUCACUUCACGUGGGGGAUGAGAUCCUAGAAAUCAAUGGUACAAAUGUGACUAAUCACUCUGUUGAUCAGCUACAGAAGGCAAUGAAAGAAACCAAAGGAAUGAUCUCAUUAAAAGUGAUUCCCAACCAGCAAAACCGGCUUCCUGCACUACAGAUGUUUAUGAGAGCACAGUUUGACUAUGAUCCCAAAAAGGACAAUCUGAUCCCUUGCAAGGAAGCAGGACUGAAGUUUGUUACUGGGGACAUCAUUCAGAUCAUCAACAAGGAUGAUAGCAACUGGUGGCAGGGGCGGGUAGAAGGUUCCUCCAAGGAGUCAGCAGGAUUGAUUCCUUCCCCUGAGUUGCAGGAAUGGCGAGUGGCAAGUAUGGCUCAGUCAGCUCCAAGUGAAGCCCCAAGUUGCAGUCCCUUUGGGAAGAAGAAGAAGUACAAAGACAAGUAUCUGGCAAAGCACAGCUCAAUUUUUGACCAGUUGGAUGUUGUUUCCUAUGAAGAAGUUGUUCGACUCCCUGCAUUCAAGAGGAAGACCCUGGUGCUGAUAGGAGCCAGUGGGGUGGGUCGCAGCCACAUUAAGAAUGCCCUGCUCAGCCAGAAUCCAGAGAAGUUUGUGUACCCUGCCCCAUAUACAACACGGCCACCCAAGAAGAGUGAGGAAGAUGGGAAGGACUACCACUUCAUCUCGACUGAGGAGAUGACAAAGAAUAUCUCUGCCAAUGAAUUUUUGGAGUUUGGCAGCUACCAGGGCAACAUGUUUGGUACCAAAUUUGAAACAGUACAUCAGAUUCAUAAGCAGGACAAAAUUGCCAUCCUUGACAUUGAGCCCCAGACCCUGAAGAUUGUUCGGACGGCAGAACUUUCACCAUUCAUUGUGUUCAUCGCACCUACUGACCAGGGCCCUCAGACUGAAGCCCUGCAGCAGCUGCAGAAGGACUCUGAGGCCAUCCGCAGCCAGUAUGCUCACUACUUUGACCUCUCGCUGGUCAAUAAUGGUGUUGAUGAGACCCUCAAGAAAUUGCAAGAAGCCUUUGACCAGGCAUGCAGCUCUCCACAGUGGGUGCCUGUCUCCUGGGUGUACUAAGCUUGCAGAAUGCAGUAAACCACUGUGUGCCCCUGAUCUGCGCACCAUCACACCCCUCUCUGGCAUUUGGAACUCCAUUUCUCUUGCUCUAAGACAAACAGGGUCACUCCAACUAGCUUUAUCUGUCAGCUUCCAGCUCCUAGCAGUUAUCCUAAUUAGGCCAGUAGGAUUCAGUCUUCUUGUUCAGGCUCCUGAAGGGCUGGACUAUUUGAUUUUCCUGAUAGAUGGGGCCCCAUUGGUCUGGAUUUCAAAAGGAUCUCUUGGGGGCCAGAAGUACUAUGAGAAUGCAGCCACUCAUCAAAUUGUGCACAGUGAGGAUAGCAGUGAACCCUGUUUUUCUAAAGCCUGUGCUCUUUCACCUUCCGUUACACUGGGAACAGGAACCUUCUAAAAUGCCAAAAUGAAACCUGUACAAUAGGAUGUCUGCUAUAGGGAAACCUUCAAAAGCAAUAAAAAUGUGCUGUUAAAAUGCCAGUGACCUUGUAACUUGUUGGUUUCCCCUGCACAAGCUUUUGGAAAGGUAAAUGGUGACCCUCUUCAUUUAAGCUGACUGGACAACAGCAUUAACACAGUAUGUCUCUCCUGGGUUAAGGCUGGAACAGAAUCCUAGAAUCCAGAGAUCAGACUAAACCAGCCUCCUGUCUGUGGUUAGGAGGAACCGGUUUCAUUAUAGCGGGUAUGUGUAUCUGUGUAACAAGGCUGUUUAAUUUCUGCUUCAUGGGGAGAUUACUCUGAACUCUGAUCCUCAAUUCCCUUUGUACUGGCCCUGGUGGUGACAUGUUUCUCAGAUCUCCUUUCUUCCUCUUGACAGCCACUCUUUUAGCUUCCUCUUAUUCUCAGAACACACGGCUUUCACACCACCUAUGUGUGAGGUAGCCCAGAUUAAAGUGUCACAGCACGGACACUUCUGUUCCUGCUGUUGAGUAUCACAUUAGCCCUGGAAAGCUAAGAUGCAACCACAAAAAUUAUAAACGUUUGUGCCCUAGAAAAACCCGUCCUUUGCAUUCAUGUUCUGUAAGAAACAAGCAGCCAAGUCAGAAGACCCAGCUGCUGGCGCCUGAGAUGUCAGGACCCCAAGAACUCGGCUGGGAAGUGAGUCAAGUCAGAGUGUGGGUCCAUAUUCUCUGCACCUACCCUGCGAGGCCCAACAGCCCUUCCUUUGCUACAUAAAACCUUUCUCCUCUUGAUUAUUUUGGACAGACCACUGAAUUUGUGAUGAUAUCCCUCCAUUAUCUACUUAACAGCUUUAAGAUAGCAGAGUAUUUGAUCCCGUGUCAGGGUGAUCGGUCCGAAGUUGAAUGUUGUGAGAAACAGAAUCAGAGACUGUGAAGCCAACUAAGCAUAAAGGAAAAACAUUAACUAGGAAAUAAAGGACCCUGGAUUUCUUAUAUGACCUUGAGUACAUCCCACCUGAAUUUAGAGAGCAUCCCAAGAAUAGAUUUGACACAUUGAAUGCUGAUGACAGAAGACCAGACAAUUGCAGAAUGACAUCAAGGACAUGUGAAGAAAGCAAAAGGUCAUUAAGAAGACAGGAAAGAUCAAAAUGGAUGUCAGAAGACUCUGAAACUUGCUCUUGAACAUCAAGUAACUAAAGUGAAAAGAAAUGAUGAAGUCAAAGAGAUGAACAGAAGAUUUCAAAGGGCGGCUGGAGGUGACAAGGUGUCAUAACAUGUGCAAAGACCUGGAGUUAGAAAACCAAAAGGGAAGAAUAUGCUCAGCAUUUCUCAAGCUGAAAUAGCUGAAGAAUAAAUUCAAGCCUCAAGUUGCAAUACUGAAGAAUUUUAUGGGGAAAAUACUGACUGAUACUGAAUGACAUAGGAAGUAUUAAAAGAAAAUGGAAGGAAUAUACAGUCAUUGUAUGAAAAAGAAAAUUAGUCAACGAUCAUUUCAGGAGGUAGCGUAUGAUCUAGAACCAAUGGCACUGAAGGAAGAAGUCCAAGCUGCACUGAAGACAUUGGCGAAGAGGCUCCAGGAACUGAUGGAAUGCCAGUUGAGAUGUUUCAACAAACAGAUACAACAGUGGAAGUGCUCACUCAUCUAUGAAAAGAAAACUGGAAGACCAUUAUCUGGCCAACUGACUGAAAGAGAGCUACAUACAUGACACUUCCUAAGGCAAUCCAACAGAAUGCAGAAAUUAUCAAAUAUUAGUAUUACAUUAUGAGUUAAAACUGGCUAAGGUAGUUCAAAAAGGGUUGCAGCAGUGUAUCGACAGGUAACUGCCACAAAUUUGAGCCGGAUUCAGAAGAGGACGUGGAACCAGGGAUACCAUUGCUGAUGUCAGAUGGAUCCUGGCUGAAAGCAGAGAAUACCAGAAGGAUGUUUACCUGUGUUUUAUUGACUAUGCAAAAGCAUUCGACUGUGUGUAUCAUAACAAACUAUGGAUAACACUGCAAAGGAUGGGAAUUCCAGAACACUGCAUUGUGCUCAUGAGGAACCUUUACAUAGAUCAAGAGGCAGUUGUUCAGACAGAACAAGGGGAUACUGAUUGGUUUAAAGUCAGGAAAGGUGUGUGUCAGGGUUGUAUUCUUUCACCGCACUUAUUCAAUCUGUAUGCUGAACAAAUAAUCCAAGAAGUUGGACUAUAUGAAGAAGAACGGGGCAUCAAGAUUGGAGGAAGACUCAUUAACAACCUGCAUUAUGCAGAUGACACCACCUUGUUUGCUGAAAGUGAAGAGGACCUGAAGCAUUUACUAAUGAAGAUCAAAGACCACAGCCAUCAGUAUGGAUUACACCUAAACAUGAAGAAAACAAAAAUCGUCACAACUGGACCAUUGAGCAACAUCAUGAUAAACGGAGAAAAGAUUGAAGUUGUCAAGGAUUUCAUUUUACUUGGAUCCACAAUCAACAGCCAUGGAAGCAGCAGUCAAGAAAUCAAAAGACGCAUUGCAUUGGGCAAAUCUGCUGCAAAGGACCUCUUCAAAGUGUUGGAGAGCAAAGAUGUCACCUAGAAGACUAAGGCGCACCUGACGCAAACCGUGGUAUCUUCAAUCACCUCAAAUGCCAUGUGAAAGCUGGACAGUGAAUAAGGAAGACAGAACUUACGCCUUCAGAUUACAGUGUUGGUGAAGAAUACUGAAUAUACCACGGACUGCCAGAAGAAGGAACAAAUCCAUCCUGGAAGCACAGCUAGAAUGCUUCUUGGAAGUGAGGAUGGCAAGACUUCACGUCAUGUACUUUGGACAUGUUAUCGGGAGGGACCAGUCCCUGGAGGACAUCAUGCUUGGGAAAGUACAGGGUCAGCGGAAAAGAGGAAGCCCCUCAAGGUGGAUUCACAACGUGGCUGCAACAAUGGGCUCGAUCAUUGUGUGGAUGGCGCAGAACCAGACAGUGCUCGUUCUGUUGCACCAUGAGUCAGAACGGAGUAGACGGAACCUAAUUUUUGCUCUGCUGCUAGUUUGAGAUCACCACCAAUUAGAAAGCACACCAGGAGUACAAAAAAACUUAGUAAGUAAACUUUAAUUAUUAAGAAUUACAACAUUCCUUCUCCCUAAGACAUCCUUUUAAAAGUACAUGAGGGUUUAACGGAAGCAGAACCAUCAAAAUGGAAACAUAGUCCCCAACUUAUGACUGGGUUCCGUUCUGACAUGAAUUGAAUACCUAAUUUCUUUUUAAUUUUUAUUACCUUUUAUUAUCAAUAUUCUUAUAUGUAACACUGAGUAUCUGCAAGUAGAGUAACAGCAAAUCAUGUAACAAUAAGAUGUACCAGAACAAAACUUUGUGGCAGUGGCAACACAGAACUCAGACCACACUGUACGUGAUAAUUGGGAUUAGGGAAAUAACAGGCUACAGCCUUCAGUACGAAUUACACCUCAACAUAAAGAGAACAAAAACCUCACAAGACCAAUAAGCAAUGUCAUGAUAAACAGAGGAAAGACUGAAUUUGUCCAGGAUUUCAGAGUUUACCUGGAUCCACAAUCUAUGCCCAUAGAAGCAGCAGUCAAGAAAUAAAGAGGACACAUUGCGUCAGGCAAAUCUGCUGUAAAAAGAUGUCUUUAAAGUGUUGAAAAGCAAAGGUGUCACCUUGAAGACUAAGGCGCACCUGACCGAAGCAAAGGUGUUUUCAAUUGCCUCAAUGGCAUGGGAAAGCUGGAUGAUAAGACCAAACAACUGAUGCCUUUGAAUUAUGGUGUUGGUGAAUAAUGAAUAUGCUGUGGACUGCCACAAGAAUGAACAAACCUGUCUUGGAAGAAGCACAGCCAGAGUGCUCCUCAGAGGCAAGGCCGAUGAGACUUUAUCUCACAUACUGUGGACACAUUAUCAAGAGGGACUGGUCCCUGGAGGAAGUCAUGCUUGGUAAAUUAGAGGGCCAGCGAAAAAAAAAAAAGACCCUCAAAGCAAUG